AUGGGCGGAAUGUCGGACGAGGACGAUGGCGAGGAUGAGACCAAGCGCAACGUGAUUAUUAUGAUUAUCUCUGUGGCAGCUGCCAUGGUGGUGGCGCUCUUUGCUCUCGUCGUCAUUCUGGCGUGCCGGUCGUCCGCCAAAUGGGACGCCGACGACGAGGCCCGGUUCGGGCCGAUCGACCGCAAACACCGGCGGCGCAAGUCGUCGCGAACGCGCACGGCGGCUGGGCCGGUCUCCUACGGGGUCGAUGGUGCCGGCGUGCGUCCCGGCGACGAGGACGAUCUGGGAGAGGUCGAGUGCUGCCCGUGUCUGGGCGAGGCUUCGUGCGGGACGCCCGAGUGCUCCGGCUGCGCGUGCUCGCGGCCGACGAAUCCGUGCCCGGGCGCAUGCGACUCGUGCCCGGCGUGCUGCGCCUGCCGAUGCGGGCGCUGUGGUGAGCGGAUAUCGGCGUGCUGUGGGCAGGCGUGGGACGGUGUGGCAUCGUGCUGGACCGCGUCGUGGCGCGGCCUCGCCGCCUGCUGGCACGCCACCUGGUGCUGCUGUUACGGCUACGACGACGAUGUCGACGAGUACUUUUGCGUCUCACCGUUUGCCGGCUGCUCGUGUGGGUGCUGCCCAUGCUGUGAGCGUGCCGCCGCCGCCAUCCGCAACGGCUGCUACGCUACUGGUGCAUCGUGCUCGCGGUUCUGGAGCUCGGCCUUCCGCUCGUUUGUCUCGUGCACCACCGCGUGCUGCUCUGAUCGCACCAAGGCCUCGUGCGCCACAUUCUGGUCGUGCGCCUGGUGUCCGUGCGCGUGCUGCAAGCUCGACGAGAGCUACGACGAUGACUACGGCUACGAUGACGAGUCGGGCAGGUACUCGUCGGUGCUCGACGAGUCGAGCUCGUCGGACGACGGAGAGAAGAAGAAGAAGAAGAAGAAGAAGAAGAAGAGCAAGCGCAAGGGCCACUCCGAGUCGUCUGAACUGCCCGAGUACUACGACGAGUACGAUACCGACUUUGCCGACCAUGUGUUGUAG